GGCUCUCUCGGAUCAGCUGUGAGAGCGGCGUGGCGCCGUGUGCCGCGGCUCUGACCCGCUGUCAGUUGCCCGAGCCCUGUGCUACGGUUAGGACCGCGCAAUCAUCACCUAUAUAAACGGCGACGAGGAGAGAGAGAAAGAGCGAGAGAAAAAGAGGAGAGAGAGAGAGAGAGAGAGAGAUCUCGCAAGGAUUGUCCUCGAAGCGACUGAGGCCUAUCAGCUGCGUCGUCUAGUCCUCGCCACGUCUUCGAGCAAGCCGCGCGAUCCACGACAGCGAAAUAACGCGGAAUCGCGGUCGAUCGAGGGAUUAUCGAUCUAGCAGCGGUGUCCGCCAAAGGAGAUCGGGCCUGUCGGUGAUCGGACGGUGGUCAGCGAAAGGGAGAGACGGAGUGUCGGCCGAUCGAAACGAAACGGUCCCGUUCGAAUCUAACCUGGGCCAAUCGGUCGCCGAAGGAAGCCGCCGAAGUCACGAGCCACCACCUCCGGUGUCUCCCGGAUCGCGAUCGCAGGAUUUUUAAGGAUCGCCGGCCGUGCGAAGGAUCGCCUCUUACGAGCUCUCGAGAGGACCUCUUGCGAGCUCGCUCCGCGCGCGCGAGCUACCGCGAUCGAGGAUAGAAACAGAGAGAGAGGGUUUCUCGAGUAUUCGUGGUGGUUUUCAUGGUGGAAAAGUGAUUCGGGUUUGAUCGAAGGGGAGCAGGACGAAGCCCGGGAGCCGCAUGCAUCGCUGACGAGAGUCCCAGGAUGGUCUGGUAGAGGAGGAGAAGAGAGAGCCUGGUGGUGUUCGAUCGCGAGAAAUGGCGUGCGGAAUAUCGUUCGAAGCGACCGCCACGAGCACAGUAUUUUUCCUCCUGGUACUGCUGCAGGCGGCACUAAUGUGGGACGAGGUAGCCGCUGCCCCGGCGAAGAGGAACGACAUACUCGCGGGCACGGAAUUCUUAUCAGUCUUCAUAAACGGCGCGAUGGCGACGCCGCCACAGCGUCGCAGGAGCUUCAGGCGCGGAGGACACGGCGCGUCUUCGACGUCAUCCUCAUCCUCAUCCUCAUCGUCGUCGUCGUCGUCGUCGUCUCUGUCGUCGCCGUCGUCUUCGUCCACGUCAUCCUCGUCCUCAUCCUCCUCGUCAUCGUCGUCGUCCUCGUCUUCGGGGCCAGCAUCGCUAGGGGAUAGCGCGACAGCGGAGUCGCACCAGCACGAGGCGUCGAUCUAUCGAAUCUCGCGGAACCCCGGCAACAGGCAACUGGUCCCGCGAGGGCGCAACACGAACGGCCGCGAAGAGGUCGUCCGGUUUUACCCGAUAAGCCACAAGACGCUGGAGAACCGGCAGCAGAAUCUCGCGUCGUUGAUCGACGAGCUGAGCACGAACAGCGAGAUAUCCUCGACGCGGCUCGCGUCGCCCAGCUCGUCGACCACGGUGAUGACCUCGAUGUCUUCGCAGGACGGCUCGCAGGGCUCGAAGGCGAACGCCACCGGCGUCGGCUCGUCGAGCAAGCUCGUCGGCAGGCAGAAGGUGAUCGGAGUGAGCGUGACGUCGACGGUCGAGGCGACGCCGUACAAGGUGCGUGUGGAGCACUACGACAACGACGAGCAGGUCGGCCGGCUGGCGAUCGCCGUCAACGGUUCCUCCAGAGAGUCGAACAACGCGACAACCAAACCAACGGCCACCACGAGAACCUUGACGGCAGCUUCCACGACCGGAACGACGCCGACCGUUGCUACAACGGCUACUCCGAGGACGACGUUAACGAUGACGCCCAGGUCGUCCGGCUUCGUGACGGAGGAUCUCAGCAACAUCGUGUCCGAGUCGAACAGGAGCGAGUUCUCGGUGGACGAGGGGUCGCCGAGCACCAGCUGGCACGGCCAGAGUUCGGUGACCCCGCGGCCGUUGAACAGGCACACCCCCGCCGCCGGGGAUCACCGCGGGGAGGCCAACGCCGGCUCGCAGAAUCCUCCGGAGGAUAUGAUCACGCUGCCGACGGAGGAGAAUUACGAGCUGCCGGAAGAGAACUCCGAGCCGAAGGAGUACAACGAGGAGCCGAUCGAGGGCCCGUCCGAGCGGGUCCAGGCUCAGGGGCGGAAGGCGGGCAGGCACUUCGACGCUUCUCAUUACAACCGGCCGGGCACCAAGGUGUACACCCAAUCGCCGAAGGGUUACAAGCCGGCUCGGCCGUACAACGAGCCGGCCAAAGUGUACGGGGAGCCCGAGAAGGUGUACGGGGAGCCGGCCAAGGUGUACAGCGAGCCGGCCAAGGUGUACAGCGAGCCCGCGAAGGUCUACAGCGAGCCGGCGAAGGUGUACAGCGAGCCUGCCAGGGUCUACGGCGAACCGGAGAAGGUGUACUCGGAGCCUUCGAAGGUUUACUCGGAGCCGGCGAAGGUCUAUUCCGAGCCCGCCAAGGUCUACUCGCAGCCGGCCAAGGUCUACGGCGAGCCCAGCAAGCUGUACGACUCCGAGGGCCAGCCGUUGAGCCACGGCCGCGGCGGCGAGCCCGACGAACAGAACUACGAGGUCGACGAGUCCGUCAGCGUCAGCAGCAACGGCAACGCUCACGGGCCGCAGCUGAUGCUGACGGAGCCCUCGAACGCGUCCGAGGUCGAGGACGGCCACAAGGUCGGCUACGUGGUCGAGGGAAGGAACUACAGGAAGUACAGGGUCGAGGAGCGCACCCCGGAUGGCUUCAUCGUGGGGGAGUACGGGGUGGUUAGUCACGACGACGGUUCCUUGAGGGGUGUCCGGUACACCGCCGACGGCACCAUCAAUCCUCGGCUCAUCUACGACGCGCUGAUGAAGUUCCUGGCUUUAUGAGUGAACUAUACGGGACCAUGGUAGAGGCCGGUGAUAGGGAAUAACGUGUAAUGGACACCAGUCGACGGUCCCUUAGCUUUUUCAUCGAAGUUGACGGAACAAACCUAGACGCCGACACGACUGAUCCUUUUUUUUCGAUCUUUUCUUCCGUUUCUAUCGUUCUUUAUUUUUCUUUGUUCUAUCUUUUACUUUGUCUUUGUUUUU